AGCACUGUUUUUUGCGUCGCAUGUGUUGAUUUUAGUAGUUUGUUAGUGGAAGUCGGCGUGUGUAAAGCUACUAGCUUGAAUUAAAUCAAGAUGCAAUUCCAUUUUAAUGCGCCCGAUCCAGAUACCAGUGUAUCAACAUUAUUUAGUAAUCCACAUUCUGUACUACAGCCGCAACAGCCAGCUACAUUAAUCGAACCAAAAGAUGCACAACAUGAGAUCAAACUGCAAAACAUUGUGGCCACCUUUUCGGUUAACUGUGAACUGGAUCUGCAGACCAUCAAUUCACGCACUCGAAACUCGGAGUAUUCCCCCAAACGCUUCCGUGGUGUCAUCAUGCGAAUGCAUUCGCCACGCUGCACUGCAUUAAUUUUUCGCACUGGCAAAGUGAUUUGCACUGGAGCACGCAAUGAAGUGGAAGCGGAUCUGGGAUCACGGAAGUUUGCCCGCAUCAUUCAGAAGCUGGGCUUUCCUGUGAAGUUCAUGGAAUACAAAUUACAAAACAUGGUGGCCACCGUCGAUCUGCGUUUUCCCAUUCGUCUCGAGAACCUAAAUCAGGUGCACGGACAGUUUAGUUCAUAUGAACCGGAGAUGUUUCCGGGACUCAUCUAUCGCAUGGUCAAACCACGUCUUGUGCUGCUCAUCUUUGUCAACGGCAAAAUUGUUUUCACUGGUGCCAAGUCACGCAAAGACAUCAUCGAUUGUCUCGAAGCCAUUUCACCAAUUUUGCUAAGUUUUCGCAAGACGUAAAGCAUGUAUUUUGUUUGCAUUUUAAGCCGUAGUUUAGCAUAUCUAGCAUUUAACAUAUAAUUUACAAAUACCGUUGUAAGCUGCAGGGACAAACAAAUAAACUUUACAUAUA